CCCCGAGGGCCCCGCGGAAACGCCCCGGCCCACCCGCCGGAAGUGACGUAAUCUCACGGCCUAGCAACCGUUGCCAAGGAGCUCGUCUCUAGGAACCCUGUAGAGCCUGGAUGCCUCCUGCGGGGGGGAAAAGUGGUUUCUUGAGGAGAAUUUGAGUUAUAAGACCCAAUUAUGAGUGAUCAAAUCAAAUUCAUUGUGGACAAUCUCAAUAAAGAACCUUUUAGGAAGAACUAUAAUUUAAUCACAUUUGAUUCCCUGGAGCCAAUGCAACUGUUGCAAGUUCUCAAUGAUGUUCUGGCUGAAAUUGACCCAAAGCAAGUUGUUGAUAUCAGAGAGGAGAUGCCAGAGCAAACAGCCAAAAGGAUGUUGAGCCUUCUUGGUAUCCUUAAAUAUAAACCUCCAGGAAAUGCCACAGACAUGAGUACCUUUCGUCAGGGUCUGGUGAUUGGAAGUAAACCCGUAAUUUAUCCAGUACUCCACUGGCUUCUUCAGAGAACUAGUGAACUGAAGAAAAGAGCAUAUUUAGCUCGUUUUUUAAUAAAACUUGAGGUACCAAGUGAGUUUCUUCAGGAUGAAACUGUGGCUGAUACCAAUAAACAGUAUGAAGAGCUAAUGGAAGCCUUUAAAACUUUGCAUAAAGAAUGUGAGCAACUUAAGACAUCUGGAUUUUCUACAGCAGAAAUAAGAAGGGAUAUCAGUGCCAUGGAGGAAGAAAAGGAUCAGCUCAUUAAGAGAGUUGAACGUUUGAAGAAAAGGGUGGAGACAGUUCAGAAUCAUCAACGGAUGCUUAAAAUAGCAAGGCAACUUAGAGUUGAAAAAGAGAGAGAAGAAUUUCUUGCACAACAGAAACAGGAACAAAAGAAUCAGCUAUUUCAUGCAGUGCAGAGACUGCAAAGAGUACAAAAUCAGCUGAAAAGUAUGCGCCAUGCAGCAGCAGAUGCAAAGCCUGAAAGUUUAAUGAAGAGGCUAGAGGAGGAGAUAAAAUUUAAUUCUUAUAUGGUUACUGAAAAAUUUCCUAAAGAAUUAGAAAGCAAGAAAAAAGAAUUGCAUUUUUUACAAAAAGUGGUUUUAGAGCCUGCCAUGGGCCAGUCUGAUCUUCUUGAGCUUGAAUCUAAAAUAAAUGAAAUAAACGCACAGAUCAAUCAGCUAAUUGAAAAGAAAAUGAUGAGAAAUGAGCCAAUUGAAGGCAAACUCUCACUAUAUAGGCAACAGGCAUCCAUCAUUUCUCAUAAAAAAGAAGCCAAAGCUGAGGAACUUCAGGAAGCAAAGGAGAAGUUGGCCAACCUAGAGAGAGAGGUGUCAGUGAAGACAAAUCAGACCCGUGAAUUUGAUGGCACCGAAGUUUUGAAGGGAGAUGAAUUCAAACGAUAUGUCAGUAAACUUCGAAGCAAGAGUACAGUUUUCAAAAAGAAGCAUCAAAUAAUAGCUGAAUUUAAAGCUGAAUUCGGUCUCUUGCAGAGGACAGAAGAACUUCUUAAACAACGUCAUGAGAAUAUUCAACAUCAGCUGCAAACUAUUGAAGAGAAAAAGGGUAUAUCUGGGUAUAGUUACACCCAGGAAGAGCUAGAACGGGUAUCUGCACUGAAGACUGAGGUUGAUGAGAUGAAAGGCCGAACACUCGACGACAUGUCUGAAAUGGUAAAAAAACUGAAUUCACUGGUAUCUGAAAAGAAGUCAGCUCUAGCCCCAGUUAUAAAAGAACUACGACAGUUGCGUCAGCAAUGUCAAGAACUAACCCAGGAGUGUGAUGAAAAGAAAUCCCAGUAUGAUAGCUGUGCAGCAGGCCUCGAAAGCAAUCGAUCCAAAUUAGAACAGGAAGUCAGGGGACUCCGUGAAGAAUGUCUUCAAGAAGAAAGUAGAUACCAUUACACAAAUUGUAUGAUUAAGAACCUAGAAAUACAGCUUCGUCGAGCUACCGAUGAGAUGAAGGCCUAUGUCUCUUCUGAUCAGCAAGAAAAAAGAAAGGCAAUUAGGGAGCAGUAUACAAAAAAUAUUGCUGAACAGGAAAACCUUGGAAAGAAACUCCGAGAAAAACAAAAAGCUGUACGAGAAAGUCAUGGUCCAAAUAUGAAACAAGCGAAAAUGUGGCGUGAUUUUGAACAGUUGAUGGAAUGUAAGAAACAGUGCUUUCUGAAACAACAAAGCCAAACUCCCAUGGGUCAGAGGAAUCUUUUAGGAACUAAUAUCUCUUGUUUUGAAGAAACAUUUAUCUGAAGUUCAGCAAUUCCUACAGUUUCAAUUCAGUUUCUCUUUCUUCUGUAAAAUUCAAGAAAAUUUGCUAUUUUGAAUAACAUAUUUGUUCUGUCUGAAUUAUUUAAAGGCAAAUAAAACUUGAUGUACGUA